CGCAGACGCAAGCUGGGCGGUGGCCCCGGUUAAAGGGGAAACUUGACAGCGCUGCGCCCGCUCCGCUGCGCGCUGCCCGCUCCGCUCCGCCGCUCCCGGCUCCGCGACUUGUACCCGAGACCACCGCCAGGAUGCUGCUCUUGCUGCUGGGGAUCAUCGUGCUCCACGUCACCGUGCUGGUGCUCCUCUUCGUCUCCACUGUCGUCAGCCAAUGGCUCGUGAACGGCGGGCAGACAGCGGACCUGUGGCAGAACUGCACCUCUGGGACCGGUGCCAUCUUCCAGUGCCUGACAUCAUCCCCGAAUGAAUGGUUGCAGUCUGUCCAAGCAAUGAUGAUCCUCUCCGUCAUCUUCAGCGUCUUGUCCCUCUUCCUGUUCUUCUGUCAGCUCUUCACACUCACUAAAGGUGGACGGUUUUACCUUACUGGGAUCUUCCAAAUCCUCGCUGGGCUCUGCGUGAUGAGUGGUGCAGCCAUCUUCACAGUGAGGCACACGGACUGGCACGAAGCCUCGGAAAACAUCUCCUAUGGCUUCGCCUAUAUCCUGGCAUGGCUGGCCUUCCCCCUGGCCCUCGCCAGUGGCAUCAUUUAUGUCAUCCUACGGAAACGGGAGUGAUGCUGCAGGAAGUGCAGCCAGGGCACUGCUGACAUGCAUGGAGGAGAUGGAGGCGGGGGAAAAUAGACGAGAAAACGGAAAAGAAAAUUAACCAAAAAAAAAAACAAAAAAAACCCAAAAAACAAAAAAAACAAAAAAAAAGGAAUUAAACCCUCCCACCAAAAACCAAACCAAACCCAACCGACCCCAAAAGGAAACACUCAAAGGGUUACUUGUUAAUUGAAGAUGUAUAUAGUAUCUAUGGUUUAAAAAACCUAUUUAUAACACUUUUUACAUAUAUGUACAUAGUAUUGUUCGCUUUUGUUGACCAUACGCUAUGUUUUAAAGCCUAAAGAAAGUGCCUAAGGAAUUAUUACUCCUAACAGUGUAACAAGAGCGCGGUGAUUUCUCUCUCAUGCAGAACCCUCUUUGAUCUGAUCUGUCCUUCUCCAUCCCAGCCUCAGUCGAGCCCUGGGACCCGCAGCUCUGGCUGCUCUUACACUGGCACAAAGCAGUGCUUCUCCACUGGAGUUUCGCCUGCUGCUGUCAGCUGGAGGUUUGGUCCCUGCUCCUCCUGCCUGCUGUGAUUUGGCAGCUGGGGUGCCAGGGUUGGCGGAGGCACUUCCAAAAGGUUCGAAGGGUUUUGAAGCAAGGGAUUGCCAAAAGUGCCUAAAUGACUUACUGCCCAAGUCCCACUGCCUUGCCACCACACCCACUGAGAUUUUGGGCUUUUAAAUCACUUAGGUUGAAUGCAAUCAAGCAGGGGCUGUGCUCCCUCCCCGUGUGUGCUGGGUGCAGCCCAAGCUUGGGUACUCCCAUCAUGAAAUGCACAUGAUCUUUGUGUGGAGGUAGAGCACUGAUGAGCAGGAAGCAGACCCAGUAUAUCUAUGAAAUCAAAUGCCAGAUAUAUGAAAUGGUGCUAUCUAUUUACCAUUCCUUAUAUUGCUAGCAAUUUAACCUUAUUCACUGGAAAUUCAGCUAACAAUCUUGAGGUAAACAACAAAGCUAGAAGUGAGAAAUAAUUCUGUGUAAUAUAAAUGAGCUUACAACUGCUUUUGUACUUAGAUGACUUACUAUUGUUUUUAAUAAAGCAUUUAUAACCAAGGUUCCUUUUCCCCCCAUGAUCAAGAGGAACAGAAGCAGCUCUGGCUGGAGCCCCGCUGGCCCAAUGCCAGAGCGCGAUGUCUGUCCUCUGUCUGUGUGUCAGACGUGUCUGGCAAUGAACGGGCACCUGUGCAGACCCCAGGCUGCCUCCUGAGGACUCCAGACACUGCGUUGCUGUCGUCGUUUUUGUUUCAUUUGGGUUUUUCUUUUCUUUCUUUCUUUCUUUUUUUUUUUUUUUUUUGCUUUGCUUUUCUGAUUUUAUACCGACUGUGUGUGGACU